CUUGAAUUUUUCAAAUCAGGACUCAUCCGAACUAGCACCUAUUCAAAAUGGUUCUCUCUGGAAAAUACAGUAUCAUUGGAGAAGAAAACUUCGUUCAAUAUCUUAAAGAUUAUGGUAUACCAGAAGACUUAGUUAAAGACCAUGAUCAGUUCUCUAUAGCAUUCAAACAAGUCGGUAACAAAGUUACAAUUACUAAAACUACCAACAACAGUUCCUUGGAUGUCUCCUUUACUAUUGGAGAGGAAUUUGAAGAACAAUUUUUUGGCCACAAAAUUAAGAGCAACUCAAAACUUGAUGGAGAUGUCCUCGUAAUCACCAAUGGAGACAAUUCUAGGACUUUCAACUUCACUGAUAAUGGUUUGGAAAUUGUUCAUAAAUCACCUAGAGGCUCAGCAAAACUCAUUUUCAAGAAAGACUAGAUGACAUAAUAAUUUUAGAAGAAUAUGUAACUUAAUUUGUGUAAUAUAGUUUUAAUAUUAUACUUUUUUUAUUUUACUACUUUAUAUUUUAAUUUAUUUUACUUUAUAUAUAUAUAUAUAUAUAUAUAUAUAUAUAUAUAUAU